GAGGUGAAAGAAAGAUCACUUUAGAAGAAGAGGGAGAGAGGCCAAAGCACAGCAGCAGCCGAGCUGGGCAAACCAGACCAGCACUGCCUCCGUGGGUGAGUGGUAACUUCUUCUCCCUUCAACUCCUCCUCCUCCUCCUCCCCCAUGGCGAUCUCCGGGGAGGACAGGUACGCGGCGGCCGGCGACUCCGGCGGAGGGAAGCUCUGGAACCUCUGCCGCAUGCCCUUCUGGCAGCCCGGCGGCGCGACGGCGCCGGCGCCUUCGUCGUCCUCGUCGGCCGGGAUCCACCACUCCGCCGGGCGGUACGGCCACGAGGGCGCCGUGGCGGGGGACGGUGGGGUGCAGGGCGCGCCGGCGGGGUCGAUCUCGUCGGUGGCCAAGUCGCUGCUGCCGGCGCGGCGCCGCCUCCGGCUCGAUCCGCCCAACAAGCUCUACUUCCCAUAUCAACCAGGGCAGCAGGUGAGGAGUGCAAUCAGGAUAAAGAACACAAGCAAGUCUCAUGUAGCAUUUAAGUUCCAAACAACUGCACCCAAGAGCUGCUUCAUGCGCCCUCCUGGAGCCAUACUUGCCCCUGGGGAGACCAUCAUAGCAACUGUUUUCAAGUUUGUCGAGCACCCAGAGAACAAUGAGAAUGUUCUACAGAAGUGCAAGGUUAAGUUCAAGAUUUUGAGCUUGAAGGUUAAAGGACCCAUGGAAUACGCACCAGAACUGUUUGAUGAGCAGAAAGAUCAAGCCGUAGUUGAGAAGAUCCUGAGGGUUGUUUUCUUGAAUGUUGAAAAUCCAGGCCCACAACUGGAAAAGCUAAACAAUCAGUUAGCUGAGGCUGAGGCUGCACUUGAGGCACGGAAGAAACCUCCAGAAGAGAAUGGCCCAAAAAUUGUUGGUGAAGGGCUUGUCAUCGAUGAAUGGAAAGAACGGAGGGAAAGAUACCUCGCACAACAACAGGUUGAAGUGGUUGACUCAGUGUAAAAAUUGUGUUUUUCUUCUGCUACCAAAGUCAUAAUUUGGGUUCAGAAAUGUGCUGUGGAAUUCUUGUAAACUGCUAGAUUUUGUGGUUGAUAGUUUAGUGUGUGGUAGUCUAGUGUGCUUGCAGGAUCAGUCGCCAAAAGAACAGUCUAACUCGGGUAUUUCAGUGCUUGCUGUGUAACUGUAAUAACACAUAUGUGCUGCUCUGUGUUGGCGCUAAAAUCUGCUUGUCAAAACAAUAAAGUUCACAAGCGCCAUCUUCUCUGUAUUGUAAGGGAAGGCACAAUCUAUCAUCAGCUUACCUGUUUGUAUC